AGGAAGUGAAGUGGACAGAACACCGAACACGCCAGUGCGCGGGCGAUUAAAGGAGACUGCUGGAUAUUUUAAUAUCCGCCAGAUUUUAUCGUCUCUGAUAGCACAUCUCCAUUUAUCACUGCUCAAUUGUUUAGUUACCCACAUUCUUCAGAAUCUUCUUUUAUGUUCAACAGAAGAAAGAAACUAAAUUUGAGGUUGGAAAGAUGUCACCAGAUGAAUUGGUCUACCUAGGCAUCCUUGCUGCAUCAAUACCUGUAGGAUUCCUCUUCCGCUACCUAAGUCCUCCAGUCAAGCAGGGGGCAGCAUUGCUUUUAGGUUUGAUCAUCUCCAUAACAACCUGUGGGCUCCACACUCUCCAUUCUCUAUGUACAGUGUUAGGAACAUGGCUGAUUAUAAAAAUCAACUGGCGAAGUGCCCCUGCUCUGUCUUUGGGUUGGACGUUUCUGUACCUCCUCUUUUUCCGUCUGGUCACCUGGUUUGGCCUCCCUCAGCCAACACCUUUUGCCAAUGCCAUUCAACUUCUGUUAACACUGAAGAUGGUCAGUUUAGCCAAUGAGAUUCAAAGUUAUCACUUGGAGAAGAAAAAAGAAGUGAGCGCCUUCACCAAAUCCCCAGUGGUGGGAGGACUUUCCCAUGAACCUUCACUUUAUGAUAUUAUAUCCUACAGCUACUGCUAUGUGGGCAUAAUGACAGGUCCCUUCUUCCGUUAUCAGACGUAUGCAGACUGGUUGCAUCAGUCUAAUUCUCUGUCAUUGCCGGGUAAAGAGCCCUGCCUGCAGAGGCUGAAGAUGGUGCCCGUUUAUGGAGCUCUCUUCAUAGCCGUCAACUCUGUCUUUCCCUUGUCAUAUGUCCGUACUGAUGAAUUCCUGGAGCACAACUAUUUUUACAGGCUUUUCUACAUGGUAGCAAUAUUCUUUGUAUUCCGGAUGCGUUUCUACUCUGCGUGGUGUGGGGCAGAGGCUGGCUGCAUCAGUGCAGGUCUAGGCUGUUACCCCCAUGGGGCGCUUUCUAAACCUGGAGGAGGGCCAACGGUGAAAUAUAGUCCUGAUCCAAACACAGCUGUGGAGUAUGACUUUAAAACGAUCCAGAACAUUGACUGUUAUAAUACAGAUUUCUGCGUAAAGGUUCGGCAUGGCAUGCGCUACUGGAACAUGACGGUGCAGUGGUGGCUUCACAACUACAUCUACCCCAAUACUCCUUUCAGAGCGUAUGCUCUCAGGGCUGGAUGGACUAUGUUAAUCAGUGCUUAUUGGCAUGGCCUCCAUGCUGGUUACUACCUCUCUUUUCUCACCAUCCCAUUGUGUAUAGCAGCAGAAUCAGCCAUGGAGGCAUCAGUCAGAGCCCGUCUAGGGCCGAUGGGCCAGAAUAUCUUCGACUGGAUCCACUGGUUCCUCAAGAUGAGGGCUUACGACUACAUGUGCAUGGGAUUUGUUCUCUUGAAGGCCAGCGACACCAUCAACUACUGGAGCUCCAUAUACUUCAUAAUUCACAUCAUUGCUGUUAUUUGUAUAGGAGUAGGACAAAUGAUGAAAGGAGGUAAAAAGAGAGAGAGAAGGGAACGAGGUGAAGGAGAGAAAGAGGAUGUGGUAAGAGAGAAGGCUGAGUGAAACGAAUGUGUGACAUGCUGAUCGUGGUGAUAACCCGGAGAGUUCGUAUGUUUACGCAAAACCAUUUCCCACCAUGAACUGUAAUAGCCAUCAACUGCCAUUAAAGGUAUUGUGUUAAAAAAAAAAAACACACACACACACACACACACACACACACACACACACACAGAAGAGUAAUAGAUUAUAGACCCGAGGACAUCAAUCUUUAUUUUAUUGGUAGUGAAAAUAGCUUUCAAAUCAUUUCCAUCAUUUUAAUGUUAUCUGUUUUUUUGUUACUUAUUGGCAGUGAAAAUACAUCUCAAAUCAUUUCCAUCAUUUAAUGUUAUCUUAUGUUUUGUUACUUAUGUUGAAAAGUGCUUCUUUUUUGCAACUGUAUAUAUUUAUCCUGACCAGUUCAGUAUUGUUUAAAUUAUGAUCUUGUUGCUGUAAACAAUUGGAAAGGAGGUUUGUAUUUUAAUAGUGGUUCUCUGGUCAUCAGUGACCUUAGGACUCAAAUUAAGUACUUAUUAAUUAAGUACUUAUAACUGAAUCAAUUAAUUUACAAAAUAAUAAAAAAUAACUGUUGCACCCAUAUCACUAUGAGCACAAAUUUGUGGUGAUUUACUAUCUCUAAUGGUGUAUUGGAUGUAAUACAACCUUUAUAAUAAUAAGGUGUAUGUAUGAAACAUUAAAGUUAGUCUGCCUUGUUUUUCAUACAUUCUGAGGGAUGGAUUGAGUAUCCAUUUUCAGAAAGUAGGAGUGAAUGUUUUUGCCAUUUUCAUUCGUUUUUCAAUUUCAUACCACAUGAUGUAAAGUGCAGAUUAAAAAUAUCAAGCUAUCAAGAUUUUGCACCAAUUCACAUUUCAAAAGUAAUGCAUUAUUACUAAGAUCUCUUCAAAAGAGCUCAAAAGUUUUAUUCUUACAAAAUCACUGUCUGGUUCUAUAACAUUCAAAAUAUUUUGUCCUGGUACACUGGAGGGAAGCACUGGUUUUUAGUUUAUUGAUCAGUUGAGAUUGUAUCAUGGUUCCUGUAAUGUCUACCUGCUAUGUUGUAUCUCUUGUAUGUUUUUCUGGAGUAUUAAACACAGAAUGUGCCAUUCC